AUGAGCUUCGAUCCAGACUCCAACAGUCUCCCAAAACGCGCGGAACUGCCAGAUAUUCCCGGUGCUCCGAAGGGUGCCGCGUGGUUCUGGGGCAAGGAUGACGAGCUAGGGCGACUCAACCUGCUGACUCCGCGCCGCCGACGGGAGGCCGCGAAGCUCGUUGAGUCCGGGGAGACGGUCAAUCUGGACUGGCCUCUUAAUCUCCCCAAUCCUCCAGCAUUCGGUCGCGAGCCCUUUGAGUGGAAAGUGAAAAGCCUAGGUCCAGCCGGUAACGAUGAUUUGUAUCAGAUGAACUCGCAGUCGGGGUCGCAGUGGGACGGGUUCAGACAUGUAAGACAUAUCGGCGCUACCAUCGCUAAUGGUGGCGGAUAUGUCUUUUACAAUAAUCUUACCCAAGACGAAAUCAUGAACACUACGCGCUGUGGAAUUCAAGCAUGGGCAGACCAUGGCAUUGCAUACAAAGUCGGAAGAGGAGUUCUCAUCGAUUACUGGUCGUAUGCUCUGCAGAACAACAAGAAAUAUGACCCGAACGAGACUCAUCCCAUCUCCACAUCCGAGCUCCUCGCCUGUGCAAAAGCCCAGGGCCUGACGUUUCAAUACGGCGACAUCCUGAUGAUCCGCACCGGCUGGAUCGACAACUACCAGAGACUCGACCAGGACAGCCGCGCCAGUAUUGCCAAAGGGACGGGCGUCUACGACUUCAAAUUCGUCGGCGUCGAGGUCAGCGAGGAGAUGGUCGACUUCCUCCACGACAACUACUUCGCGGCCGUGGCUUCGGACUCGCCGGCCUUCGAGUCGUGGCCGACCCCGUACGACUGGAACCACCAUCUCUACCUGCUCCCACGCUGGGGCUGUCCCAUAGGGGAGAUGUGGGACUUUGAGAAGCUGGCGGACGCGUGCAAGAGACACGGUAGAUAUCAUUUCUUCUUCGUGAGCAGUCCGUCAAACGUACCCGGUAAGGUUUCCACCCUACCCAACGCUAGAGAGUAUUUCGCUCACAUUUUCACACUUUCCAGGCGGCGUGGGUAG